AUGGCACCUCCCGCCCCAGACUCGGAUUUCUACCUGUUCGCCAACGUCAACUUCAAGCCGGGACGAUACGAUGCUUGGCAGAAGGCGUACGAUGGCCUGGGAGAGUAUGUGUUUGCCAACGAGCCGACAACAAAGUCUUACUACUUUGGUGUGCCGCCCGAGUACAAGGACGACAUCUCGGAGACGACCAUGAUGUUUGCCUUUGAGGUGUACGACAAGCGCGAAAGCCUCUACGUAACCCACUUCAACUCCGCGGCCAUGGGCGAGUUCCAAAGGGGCGCCGUCCCGGAGAUGGCCACGGGCUUCGACCUGCAGCACUACGCCUCGCUGGGCGGCUUCCUCGACGCGCCGGGCGACAGGCGCGAGUGCGGCGUCAUGCACGACGCCCACGUCACCUGCAAGUCGGCCGCGGACCGCCGGGCCGUCGCCGACAGCCUGCGGCGGCUGGCCGCGUCGCUCGGGGCCGACGGCCUGGUCGGCGCGGGGGUGUGGACGUGGAUGGCGUACGAGUGCCUCGACAACGAGACGGACCUGCGCAUCUACGGCCGCUUCCGGGACUGGGACGCCAUGAAGACGUGGGACCGGCGGGCGGAGGUGCUGGGCCUCUGGGAGAAGCACGGGUGGAAGGAGGUCGACAAGGUUGUGCAGAGGGCGCUCAUUCCCACUGGCAAGGGGUGGCUGCACCGAUAG